AUGCGUUCAAGUCUCGCCCUUUUCUUAUUCUCCUUAUGGACCACGCUGGCAACCUCCGCUCCAACGCCCGAUGCAGAAUCAUCGGCAGUCAGAAACUCACAGAGAGUUAAAGAGCUCCAGACCACCUGGAAAGGAAUAUACUUCGCCGACGCUGCGAAGAAUUGUGACGAUGCACAAUUUGAAAAAAUACUGACCACUUUGGAGCAGUUAAAGGAACUCAUGGACGCCUCUUUUUCCUCGCAGUCUGACAUUACCAAAACACCAGGCUGGAACCGAUUUUUCAUGUCAGACAGCAAUGUACCUGCAGACUAUGGAUGGAAGACAGCAUACGCAUGGCGUCCCUAUUCCCGACCCGAGAUGGUAACGCUGGCCAAGCUGGGAUGCGAUUCUGACCCAGACGCAGCUGCGUCCACUAUAGCAACGGCUUCAACCCCUCCUGAUUACUCAAACGUCGUGUGGUUCUGUCCCCUGUUCUUCAGCAAAGAUCCCCGAGUUCCAGAUUUGCGCGACGUGCCGAAGAAACGCUCCGUAAAAUUGGAUACUAUGACAAGUCGCGCGUAUGCUUUGGUGCACGAGUUCUUUCAUUGUAAAGAAAGCAUAAAACUACCUUUAUUUAUCGGCGAUAUCAAGGGUACGAUCCCAGAAAAAAAGGAUGAGGUAGUGAUGUAUGGGUCUGAUAAGGCUGCCAGCUUUGCUUGGAAAUACACAUAUCAACAGGGCAAGAAGAACUGGCGUCUCAACCCUAAGGUUGCGGAAAAUGCGGACAAUUAUGCAUGGUUCUUUAACUACAAUUACUUCUACCAAAAGUUUGGGUGGACAGAAGAUAGCUCGUGGGGCUGGAAUAUGAAUGAGCUCAAGCGAGACGACCCCGCGGACAAACCACUCUUUGAAGACACAGGCUACGUCAUUCAGGAGAGCGAUAUUCAUAUCCCCCCAUCGCCGACAACUCCAUCAACUCCAAUGAGCACCGGUAGCGUACCCCCCGAUCCAACGCCAACUGCCCAGAUGAUCUGGGUCUAUGAGUGGCUUGAUCUGCCGGCUAAGUUUCAGUCCUGGCAAAUCACCGAUCUCCCUGUGGGAGAACCGCUUAACUGGUGUGGUGAGGAUUCCCGGUACAUGGUGGCAGCUCAGAGUAUCAAUGGCACGGACGUGCCGAACCCAAUUCCUUUCCCGUCAGACAUGGAUUUCUCAACAAUCGAUUAUGGAGGGCAACCGGGAUAUAAACAGUGCAGCUACAAGGGCAAUUCCGACGGACCGGGCACUUUCGACUGUCCUGAAUUCACUGCUCCGGUCCAAUGUGGCAAAACACCCAAGGUUAGGGAGCUGAUCACUUGUCCUGCCACGCCAAACGUGGUAAAAUCUUACGCUGUUUCAAUGGUGAUUUGCCAGUGGGGGAAGUCGAAUGUCAAGUAG